GGCAGCCCAUCAUGAAGUUCAUUAAUGCCCAGUAUGAGCAGUACCUUCAGGAGGAGAUCAACAUCAACAGAAAGAAGAGGAUUCCAGACUCAAGGGUUCACUGCUGUAUUUACUUCAUACCCCCUACUGGACACUGUCUGCGACCUCUGGAUGUGGAGUUUAUGAGGCGUCUCAGUAAGGUGGUCAAUAUUGUUCCUGUCAUUGCCAAGGCAGACACGCUCACCCUGGAGGAGAGGGACUUCUUUAAACAGAAGAUCAGGGAAGAGCUACGGGCCAAUGGGAUCGACGUGUACCCCCAGAAAGAGUUUGACGAGGACGCAGAGGACCGGAUGAUUAAUGACAAGAUCAGGGAGAUGAUCCCGUUUGCUGUGGUGGGCAGUGACCAGGAGUACCAGGUCAACGGCAGGAGGCUUCUGGGUAGGAAGACAAAGUGGGGAACCAUAGAAGUUGAGAACAUUGCUCAUUGUGAGUUUGCCUAUUUGCGGGAUCUACUGAUUAGGACCCACAUGGAAAACAUCAAGGACAUCACCAGCAGCAUCCACUAUGAGGUGUACCGCGUCCGCCGCCUCAACGAAAACAACACCGCUGUCGCCCAUGCCAACGGCCUCCCCCAACACCACAUGACCUCCCAUGAGAUGUAAAGCCCUGCCCACCGUUUCCCAUGAGCCCUCGCUUCCCUCCGAAGGAGCUUCGAUCCUUCCAACCCGUUAUCCUUCCAUCCCUCACCCCUCCACUCACUCUCAAUGCCAAACCCUUCUACAGAAGGGAGAAGAUCCACACUGGGGGGACUGAGGAGUGUAGUCUUAUGCCCCCAAAUGGCCAAAUACAGACGCAUAGAAUGGACUGUUGAUGCCAAUGCAUUGCCCCUCGAUGAUAACCUGGUCUCUCUGACUAACGUCUAUACGAUGGGGGGGGGUAAAUGCUAGCUAUCACUUGCAUUCAUUCAGGUUUAACCAGGCUAAGUAAACACUAUUAAUGUACUGCAACCUUAAUCUGUGUGUUUUCAGUUAUUCUGUCGUUCUUUAGGUCCCUCAUCUGUCGGGUUGGUUAACAAAAUAACGCUGUGUUUUCAGUGCCAUUACAUACAAGCAGUGACAGAAGUGCCCGCAAACUUUUGUUUGGGUAAAAUAUAGAUUUCUCAUCCGUUUUAAUAUAGCCCCUAUAAUACAUCGUUUAUUCAUUUGACCUGCUAUCUGAAGGUUCUACAACUUUUAUUUCUGUUCCCUUUGAGAGGAAGUAGUUUAGCCUUGAGGGACUCUAAUUCCCAGUAGGAGUGCUGAUUUGGGAUCAGUUUAGCCUUUUAGAUAAAAGAUUACAUGGACAGAGAGACCUGAGCCUAGAUCAGCACUCCUACUCUGGGGGGCGCUUUAUACACUCGGCCCCAGAACUGUGGUACUGGAUCCAUCGCGACAGCAGCAAAGGCACAGGACAGAUAUUCAGCUAAGUAUUUAGAAGUAUGACACACAGAAAUAAAAUCUAUUCAUUCUAUGGCAGUUGAUUCUUUUGUCAGAGUUCUGUUUGAUGAUGUCCGAGAGGGGUCAGUUGAAGAUGGUGAAUGGGGAGUGUUUCAUUGUGAUGGAAGUUGAUAAUGCUGUUGGAUUGGUCAGGAUUGCAUAAUGUCAGGGUUACUUAAUGUCGGGGUGGACUGGAGGUUUUGAGUCUAGUGGACAUUGUCGACACAUCUGUAGGGCCAGGAGUUUUUCCCCAUAACUUGAACUGACCAGAAAAAACCUUGGGCCCUUGUAACAGCCUGUAACUAGGACGUUCUCAGCCAUAGUUAUAGACUGUAACUAGGGUCUUCUCUGAGUCGUCGUUAUAGACUGUAACUACAGUCUUCUCUGAGUCGUCGUUAUAGACUGUAACUACAGUCUUCUCUGAGUCGUCGUUAUAGACUGUAACUACAGUCUUCUCUGAGUCGUCGUUAUAGACUGUAACUACAGUCUUCUCUGAGUUGUCGUUAUAGACUGUAACUACAGUCUUCUCUGAGUCGUCGUUAUAGACUGUAACUACAGUCUUCUCUGAGUCGUCGUUAUAGACUGUAACUACAGUCUUCUCUGAGUCGUCGUUAUAGGCUGUAACUAGGGUCUUUGAGUCGUCGUUAUAGGCUGUAACUAGGGUCUUUGAGUCGUCGUUAUAGGCUGUAACUAGGGUCUUUGAGUCGUCGUUAUAGGCUGUAACUAGGGUCUUUGAGUCGUCGCUAUAGGCUGUAACUAGGGUCUUUGAGUCGUCGUUAUAGGCUGUAACUAGGGUCUUUGAGUCGUCGUUAUAGGCUGUAACUAGGGUGUUUGAGUCGUCGUUAUAGGCUGUAACUAGGGUCUUUGAGUCGUUGUUAUAGGCUGUAACUAGGGUCUUUGAGUCGUUGUUAUAGACUAACUAGGAGCAUGAGUUUUUCCUGGUAAAGUCACAUGGUCAGGAAACCCCUGGUCCUACACGUGUAUGAUGCAGAGUGAGGGGAACACUCUCCUGUUGUCAUUGAGGAGCCUGUGCUCUAAGCCUUGGGCUGGUGACAGUACAGCGAUACAUAUCCCUCGUACUAUUGUGGUAAUUGUUAUUUUUACAUGGCUGCAUCGUCGUACAGGUAUUACUGUCAGAAAAUAGAUUUCAAAAUGCCCUCAGUGCCUUUUCAAUUCCAAAUAAUAGAUGUCAUUUUGGGGUGUUUUUUUAUAUACAGAUGUUUAAAGAGUGAUUUAAAGUAAAUAGUAUUUAUGCACAUUAGAAAGAUAAGUGUACCACCCACCCACUCAUCCACACAUGGUCGUUGUCCUGAGCAGAGAACACUAAAUCAGUUUCUACUGCCCAUGUCAAGUGUUUAGGAAAAACUCCAGGUCCUAGCUAUGUGCCAUGUCUCUGUGCCUUGGACAACACUAUUGCCUUUUAUUUAUUGGAGACUGUCCGCUAGCACAUGCUUUUAAACUGGAAGGACAACCGUGACAAUUCAGUUUUUCCAGACCAUGUGACCUGACCAGGAUAAACCUCCAUAGCCUAUAACCAGGGACCUGAGUUUUUCCUGGUCAGGUCAAAUAGUCUGGAAAACUCCUUGUCCUAUUACUGAUGUGCUGGCUGGUGCCAAUCACCAUAGCAGAAGACAUUUCAUUGUUAUCAAGUCUCUUUAUAUCAGACUGUGCACCCUGAAACUAAAGUCCUCCUUAACUCUAUGUUCUCUCUUUCUCCCACUUUCUUUUCUCUUGUUCUCUCUUGCCGUUUCUUGGAUAUCAACCAGUAACAGUAAUAUGUGGUGUUUAAAGGUUUUAUGUGUUUCAGUUUCAAACUAUAAUCCUCAACUUCCAAACAUCAUCGUCGUCAUGCUCUGUCCUGUAUAUUCACUGUCGGAUACAUGUUUGUACUGGUAUUAAUUAUAACAGAAUUUACCUUUUGAUAUCGUGUUAUUUUCAAGAAAUAAAGAUGAAAGUUGUAUAUAGUCA